GGCGCGUCCCCCGCCGCCGCGGUCCCGCUCCGCGUCUUCCCGAAGCCGCGCUCCCGCGCCUAUCGGUCGGCGGACCUGCAGCCCCCCGUGAGGCCCGUGGCCUCCCGCUCGCCAUGGUCCGCCCGCGCCGUGCCCCGCACCGCUCCGGUGCCGGGGGCCCCCUCGGAGGUCGCGGCCGGCCACCGCGGCCCCUGGUCGUGCGCGCCGUGCGCUCGCGUUCCUGGCCCUCUGGUCCUCGAGGCCCGCAGCCCCCGCGGAUCCGGGCCCGCUCGGCCCCUCCCAUGGAAGGUGCUCGAGUCUUUGGGGCCCUAGGGCCCAUUGGGCCCUCUUCACCUGGGCUCUCUCUGGGGGGACUUGCAGUGAACGAGCAUCGGCUCAGCAACAAACUGCUGGCCUGGAGUGGUGUGCUGGAGUGGCAGGAGAAGCGUAGACCCUUCUCGGACUCCACAGCCAAGCUGAAGCGCACCCUGCCCUGCCAGGCCUACGUGAACCGGGGCGAGAACCUGGAGACGGACCAGUGGCCCCAGAAGCUGAUCAUGCAGCUCAUCCCACAGCAGCUGCUGACCACACUGGGCCCCCUGUUCCGAAACUCUCAGCUGGCCCAGUUCCACUUCACGAACAGAGACUGUGACUCGCUUAAGGGCCUCUGCCGCAUCAUGGGCAACGGCUUCGCGGGCUGCAUGCUCUUCCCCCACAUUUCUCCUUGCGAGGUGCGCGUGCUGAUGCUCCUGUACUCGUCCAAGAAGAAGAUCUUCAUGGGCCUCAUCCCCUACGACCAGAGCGGCUUUGUCAACGCCAUACGGCAGGUCAUCACCACUCGCAAACAGGCCGUGGGUCCUGGAGGCGUGCACUCUGGACCUGUUCAGAUCGUCAACAACAAAUUCUUGGCAUGGAGUGGUGUCAUGGAGUGGCAGGAGCCCAGGCCUGAGCCCAAUAGCCGGUCCAAGCGGUGGCUGCCAUCCCACGUCUACGUGAACCAAGGGGAGAUCCUGAGGACAGAUCAGUGGCCACGGAAGCUCUUCAUGCAGCUCAUCCCACAGCAGUUGCUGACCACCCUUGUGCCACUGUUCCGGAACUCGCGCCUGGUACAGUUCCACUUCACUAAGGACAUGGAGACUCUGAAGAGCCUUUGCCGGAUCAUGGACAAUGGCUUUGCGGGCUGCGUGCACUUCUCCUAUAAGGCUUCCUGUGAGGUGCGCGUGCUGAUGCUCCUGUACUCCUCGGAGAAGAAGAUCUUCAUUGGCCUCAUCCCGCACGACCAGAGCAACUUCGUCAACGGCAUCCGUCGGGUCAUUGCCAACCAGCAGCAGGUGCUGCAGCGGAGCCUGGAGCAGGAGCAGCAGCAGCGAGGGAUGGGUGGCUAGUGGACUCCCAGGCUGGGCGGGCCACAGUCCCAGACGAGGCCCGAUGGAGACUGGUCAGAUGCUUCUGAGCAGGGGCUCCUGGGGACUGUACCUGCCCAGCAGCCUGGAGGACAGCGUCCUGAGGUCUCCAAGGAUGGUCCUUGCCCCUGUAUGUUUCCGUAAUAAAGCCUUUUAACCCCCA